UAUGUCUCUGUUAAUCUGAAUAUUAGACAACAUGUGAUUUGAAUAUAUUUCCCAUGCUGCACACCAAUCAACAACCUCCCUUUCCAGCAUUAUGUGGACGGCGCCGUCAGCGACAACCUGCCUCGAUGUCAUCUGAGAAACACAAUCACAUUCUCUGCGUAUGCUGGCAAUGGCUGAAAUCUGCCACAAUGGAUACAUGGAUGCUCUCCACUUCCUGCAAGACAACAAUCUGAUCAGCGGUGCGUGUCCCAUGAGAAGUCUGGAGACAGACUCACCCAAACCUGCUUGUUGUGAGCUGGUGAAGAAGUCAGCUGAAGGUGAAGCAUCCAAUGAGAGCAUAGAACACAAUGGACUGGAACCACCUCAGGAAGAGCACUGGUGGCUGGAUACACAGCUCAUAGAACACCUCCCAGUUAACAUUAAAAAGGCGUUGUGUGAGGCCUGUAGAGAGACACAUGCUGCUGGAGGUCUGUUGUCCCACAUGACGUACCUGCCAAAGAAAGUGACCUCUUACCUGCAGAUCCCCAGUAUUCUGCCCAUGGGGUCCGCCAGCUCUCUAGCUCAGAGACUCGCAAAUUGCAUCCCAGAUGUACCAAGGGACAUGAGCCGGCUCUAUGGCAUGGCUGUAGACAUAUACAAACAAGCUUGGAAGGGCGAGGUGGAGGACUAUGACAGGUAGGCAGUGUAAUAAUCAUAUCUCCUGUCCAGAUCUUCAGAAAUGUGCAGCCUGUUGCAAGCUGCAAUGCUUUACUAACCAAACUUCCCCGGAGUUUCUGUGCUCUCUCAUCCAGCAGGUUCUCGUGGAUCGUGGCUGCUGCUGUGAU